CGGAUUUGAUUAUGAAGUGGGGAAAUCAUAUCUUCUCUAAGAAAUCAUUCUCUGAAUCACAAUUUUAAGUUCAUUGCAGCUUAUGCAUGAUUAAAGUGAGAGGGAAGAAGAUAAAAACUGUUAUGCAGUCAUGAGAGGUGGGAAUAUCAUAGGGCAAGAAGGUAAAGGUGAUCGCUAAAUCUCAGCCUCGUCAGAAGCCAAGAUGAUUUUGAUGUAAUGCGACACCAUCUGGACAAACAAGUUUUUGAGGAAGUGUUGGUCACAAAACUAUGUGAAGGGGAGGGAAAUAGAAAGAACAAAGUCUCUGCCUCUUCAGUCUUCACAAUAACAUAGACCUUGUCUAACAUUGGUUCAAGUGGUAAAUAGAGUAAAUGGGUAAUAUCAUUGCCUCAUGCUUUUCUGGUUUCGUGAAAGUCAUUGGCGAUCAUUUUAGUUCUCCCAUCAAAUUUUUCAUGGAAAAUCUUGCAGUUCUGGAAGAUAUGAGAAGAACCGGUUUCAGACAACUAGCACAAGAAGCUUACGAGGAAGAGUUUGGAAUAUGUUAUCUGUGAAGAAAUGGUUUUCAAUGGACUUGCAUGAAAGGUGCCUUUCCUUGAAGCAAGCUCUCAAACCGUCUCUUUGCAGGGGUAAGGACAACUUCAACUCUGAAACAGGAAUCUAUAUAGUGCAUAUAAACUGGGAAGGUUUUCUAUUGCUUUGCUGGAAAGUUGCCUUAUGUGCAAAGAAAUCUCAUACCCUUGAUAUACUUCAAUCACUGCAUAUCUAUAUAAUUAUACCCUGAUGUGGCAUAACACACCGUCUUCAAAUGGACAAUGAAGAGGAAAAGCAAACGCCGAGAAGGGUUUCUUUUACUGAUCUCCAUCAAGUAGAAUCUGAUCAUGUUAUGGCAAUGGCUUUGCAAGAACAAGAAAGGACAGCUUUUACAACGCUUCCAGAUAUCGAAAGUGACAGCAGCAAUGAAGAGGAAAGUGAAGAAUAUUCAAGCGAAGAAGAAGAAGAAGAUUACGAUAGCAACGAUUAUGAAUUUUUCCAGAGUAUUCGUGAACUUGAAGCUGCAGAGCUAGAGUUCCUUGAGGGAGAAGGCAGCAACAACAACGAUGAUGAUGAAAUGGAGGAAGACGAUGUUGAUGUGGAUGAGUUAUCAUAUGAAGAAUUGAUUGCAUUAGGAGAAUUCAUUGGAGAAGAGAAGAGAGGGAUGUCCGUAAAUGAAAUCUCGACGUGCUUGCGCCAAUUCAAGUGUCGAUUAUCCGCUGAUCAGAACAACGAGAGAGCGGAUGUUGAUAGAUGUGUUGUAUGUCAGCUUGAAUAUGAAGAAGGUGAAGCACUGGUGGGUCUUCCUUGUGAACACCCUUUUCAUUCAGAAUGUAUUAGUAUGUGGCUUCAAAUCAAGAAGCUCUGCCCAAUAUGCAGCACUGAAGUUUCAUCACCCAAAACUACUACUUCUGGGAAUUAAUAUUUUUCUCUGUUUUUCCUUUUUUCCUUUUUUUUAUUGAUUCUUUGUCACUGUGCAAUGCUUAAAUUGAAGAUCAAUUGUACCAUUUGAUUUGAGGCUAAUUAAGUGUAGAUGAGGUACCUAAGUUGAUUUUA